AUGUCAGUUGGCGGCGCAGUGCCGAUGAAGCUGCACCUCGGCGUCGCCAACGUUUUCCUCGUCCUCGUCGCCCUCGUCCACUCGUUCGAAAGGUGAGACCUUUGACCGAGUCGCGCAACCGGAAAAACAAGUCCAGUUCAAGUGCAAACAUUGAUUUUCUUCUACUAUCUUCCUCAGAAAAGUCUCUGAAUUUUCAUUCGAUAAAUAAGAAAUAGGAUCUUAUCAAGCAUUCGCCAAAUUUUGAAGCUAUUUGUUCAAUUUUUACUCUCAUUCAUAUGUACAAAAUAAAAAGUUGUUCUAAAUUAUUUGAAAAAAAUGCAAUAUUAAGCGUCAAAAAUAAGUUUAAAGUUAAAGGCAUAUGGGCAGUAAAAAUAGGAUUCGAUAUAAAUUUGCCAUUUUGUAGAGCUCUUCAUUGCGUGUCGAACAGUAUACUUGAAAUUGUACAGCACUUCCUAGUUUUGGAGGAAAAAAAAAAAAUUAUAAUUCGGAAAGAGGAAAUUUGGAUAAUUUAACUCUUAAAUGAAUCCAAACGCCAAAUACUGAAACCAUAGUUAUUGAAAAUAUUUUUGUUGGCUAUUCUAUCCUUAUAACAAAAUCUUUCAGAGGAUCUUGUUCAGCAAGUCCUAAAAAUGAUUUAUAAAGAAAAAUUUUAAAUAAUUAGAAAAUUAGUACAACGACGUUUCUUUCAGCUUCACUUUUUUCUAAUAGAUCUUAUUUUGUUAAGAGGCCUUGAAAGCUUAAAAUAGCGCCUCAGUCAAUCUGACUUCGAAAUUAUUUUCUCAUUCCAACAACCGUUAUUAAGCUCCUCACUGCCGACAAGAAGUGAAGAUAACUGGUGUCAUGGCGAUUUACCUGGCGACUGCAAUCCAGAAACCUGUGGAGGCAGUUGCGAAGCCAAAUAUGUUCGGUAUAUUUAAAAAAAACCCUUAAUGGGUUCAAAACUCAUAAUUGCAGGUAUUUCGACAAGUUAAAAGGCGACCGAUUGGUGCAGUCAUGUCAGUGUCAUCAGGUUCGUUAGGUCUUUUUUAUAGAGUGAACUUCCUAUCCUCCGCUUAUUCCAGACCUUUGAACUUUGGACAAAACAAAAAAUAGACGUUAGAGUAGAAAAUUAACCGAAUAUCCAAUCAUUGGAAAUUCAGGUUCAUUUUGGAACUUUGAUGGAUACUUUUUUUUAAAUUUUCUGAACAAAAGUAGAAAUUAACGAAACAAUUUUCAGGAACGGCUAUGCUCCUUUUUCGCUUACAGCGGCUGUAGGACCUACGCUACACUGAGUACUUUGGCCCAAAAAUCGGCCAGAUACUGGAGUAUGGACCCGGCCGAUAGGAAAGGCCGUUUCGGAAACGACGCCCGAGUGCGAUACUUCGAUAAAAUACGGUAAUUUCUCUUAUUCAGUUAAUAGUUGGUCUAACUUAGUCUGAAAGAAAUAAAUACAUUAUUUUCUACGAGAAAAAACUUUUUUUUUAACUGUAUAAAAACAUCUUUAAUGAAAAAAACGUUUAUAGGUUCUUUGCAGAGGAAGAAAAAUCUCUAAAAGGAAAUUUCUUGAAAAACAUACCUUCUCGAAGAUAUUUUCAAAAAAACUUGAAUGGAAUUUUUUUUCUCAUGAUACUUUGACUCGAGAAAUCUUAAUAUAUUUUUUUUUCCUAUUUUUGAACAUUAUUCUCGGCCAUUCCCUGGCAUCAAGUUCCCUAAAUAUCGAAAUAAUAUCUCUCUCUCUUAUCCUCUAAAUACCUAAAUAUUCAAACUUUCCAGCCAUCGACAGCUUCUCUACGGAAACAGUCGAUUCUGCUGCAGGACGCCUUCGCCGAAAAGGACGGCUUUGCACUUGAAAUCCUCAAAUUCUGCAUUCAUGCUAACCCCCCUAAUCCUCUCAUUUUUACGGUUUAUUCUGUGA